AGCUAUGGUGGUGGUGGUGAUGGUGGUGAUGAGGAACUAAAAGCCACCCCCGGGCGACAAUCACGGCGCAUAUCUUUUGGGAUUUGAGCUGCAGAGCUGUGCUCUGUUUUGUGUGUUAUGGCGCCGCCACGACCGACGACAAUGCGCCGAGGGUUGUUACCGCUGGAACAGCCUGUAGACCAGACCCAAAUCAGCGGGCUUAAUGGCUGACUGGCACAUAAAACCGGUGCGCACUCCAUUCCAGCUUUUAGUUGGUGCGGGCACGCGAGACGAGAAACGAGACCAGCGAUACUCUAAAAAGCGGAAAUCGGAAAUGAGCGUAUAGUGACCACAGGAAUACAAUUACACAGUUACACGGAAUAUCCUUGGGAUCAUGUCUGCUUGCUACAGUGGCUACACGCCGGCCUCGCAGUCCUUCGAUUUUGACGAGGACGACGACGAUGCUUCCUUCGACAGUGGCUACGAGAAGAGCUUCGAAACGGAUCCGGUCCAUCUAAGUUCCCGCCGGCGUCUGGACUUUGACGGAACUCCGCCAGCUCCGACGGCGCAGGUACCCUUUGGAUCUGGAGCCUGGGAUGCAGCCGCACCACUCAACUCCCCUCCGGCCGCUGCAGGAUUUGUGGGACUGCUGGACACCAGCAGUAAUCACAGCACCCGGAGCGGAAGAACUCUGGUGGAGCACCUGAACAGUCGCGCCUCGACCGGAGCCUUCGAUCCGCUACUCACCAGCACGCCGAUGAAGUCACCCGAAGAUCCGGAUGCACCGCGCCCCAAGCGGAAAUACGCCGUCGGCAAGAACCGGGUAACCAGGUCGCGUAGUCCCACCCAGGUGGUGCGGAUCAAGCGCGUCCGUCGGAUGAAGGCCAACGAUCGCGAGCGGAAUCGGAUGCACACGCUCAACGAUGCCUUGGAGCGACUGCGGGUGACGUUGCCCUCGUUGCCGGAGGAGACAAAGCUGACCAAGAUCGAGAUCCUGCGCUUCGCCCACAACUACAUCUUUGCUCUGGAGCAGGUCCUGGAAAGCGGGGGAACCAUCAACCUGGACUUGGAGAAGCUGCAGAACUUUACGCUGAGCGGAGAGAGGAUUACCAAGGAGCUAUUUGAUGCGCUUUUCGUAAAUCCUCAGCCGUUCCAAAUGUUCGGUGGCAGGAUGUUCCAUUACGGCCAGAGUCCGCUCAACCAUCUACAUGGGAAUCCCAUGCAUCCUAUUCAUCAGGAUCCGCAGGCAGCGCCGGGAAUGGGCUAUCAGCAGGGCUUGGACUAUCCAUCACAACAGCAUCCACCUGGAUUUGACUUUACGGGAAGCAUGCGGUUCUACCAUCAUCACCAGCAACAGCAACAGCAUCCCCAUCCUCAUAUCCAGCCUUCUCCGAUCCAGCAUGAUGCCAGUCCGCAGUUUUCCCAGGAGAAGUACGACAUCUUCCGGAGCACCUUCGAUGCAGCCGCCAAUCUCCAGUCAUCGAAUCCCGAAUCAAUGCACCAGCAGAGCAGUUUCUACACCCAGACGCCGCCUUGGAAGGAUUACCAGGAGGAUCAGUCGCACUACAAGCCGUUUGCUCCACAAGUAUAGCAUAUAUUUUAGGGCAUGGAGUUUUGGGGUUUAUCUAGGAGGUUUUUCCGGGUGAUAUAUUUUAAGGGGCUUGGCAGGGAACUGAUUUAGAAGAAUUUCCUUAACUGAUAAUCCCCACGACUUACUUUAUCUAUCAAAGUAACUCCUGGGUAUUAUCCGGGGAUUUCUUUUAUGUCACUUUCCUCGAAUUUCUAAAAAAGUCAGUUGAUAUUUAUCAUGGAUGAGGUCUCUAAUAGAAUGCCAAGAUCUUCUAGAGUUUAAAAUUUUUUAGUGGUUAAAAGUAUUUUAAACUUUAUUCGAUCUUAGCAUUUAAGAAUUUCAAUAUUUAUAAUCUGAUUUUUAAAAGAAAAAUCGAUAGAUUGGUACUAACUUUUAGAUUGAUUUAUUUUUUGAAAAUCUUUAAAUAAUAUUUGGAAUUAAAGUGCUUAAUUUAAAAAGCAUUUUUCUUCUUAAAAUAUUCAAACAAAUCCCUACGUAUAUAGUACAAAUCGGUUGUCCAAGUACCUUGCCAUCUUAGCAUUAAGUCUUAACCUCUAUCAUUAUAUCAGGUAUUAGCCAUAGUCGACUGUACAAUCGAUGAUCUAUGUAGGUUACGCCAGAUUCUAUAUCAAUUAUUGCAAUGCAAGGAAAGCGAGCUAGUCAGGACCACAACAUUAAGGUGAUAAGAUUGAAUUUCGAUGUAAAGCCAUAAUAAUUUAUUUUUGCAAAUAAAGUUGACGAUCAAAACGAGCCAGAAAAUUGUGUUAAUCGGAGGGGGAAUUUACAGAACUCCUGGCAAAGUCAAAAAUACUAGUAGCCAAGGCAAACAACCCUGAGAAGGGAAUCUGUAUGCGUGCGGAUUUGAGAUCCCAAAACAAAGGACUUAAACUCAAAUAAAUAUUGUAUAUUGCAGUGCACAUAAAGGGAAUGGCUUUACUCUAUGUCUAUGUGUGUAUAUUUUUAUUGUAGGGGGCAUUUUUGCGCCCUUAAAAUUCGACAUGGGGUGAGUUCCUUGAGUUCGGAGUUCGAACAAUGCCCGGAGAUUGCCCGCCCGUCACCUGCCACGCCACGGAAUUACAAAACGAAUGUACCAGGAGCAGGAGCAGCAGCAGCAGCAGCAGCGGGCAAUCCUGAAAUAUGAGCUGCAAGGACGAAAGGCAGUGGACCUGCAUGAAUGCCACUCAAAUUAUUUAGUUGAACGAACCGGCAAGAGUCGAGGGAAAAAUACCCAAAUGCCUAACUGCCUCACUGACUCAAUGACUGACUGACGACUGGAAGGCUGACUGAUAUUUUCCGUUACCAUGCAAGGGUGAGGAAGGAUGCCAAGGAUGCUUAAACUCUGGCAAGGACUUCAGUCAUCUUAAAUCAGUAAUUACAUCUUUGGAGUGUCUCUAGUACGGCUUAAGUUACCAUUCUUAUUUUCUUUUAACUUUUUAUUUACAUAUUUCAUAGGAAUAAUAUAUAUCCGAUUUAAUAAAAUAUCAGCUGCUGGC